CUAACGUGUCAAUAAAACCUCUCAUUCACCAUGCUUUGCCGUUGGAAUUUGGAUACUCAGAAAUGGCAGGCUUUAAAAGCUUUUUCAUUCUCAUUUUAACGGUUUCUGCAGGGCUUUUGGCAAUAUUGUGGAGAGACAAUUUUGAUUUUGAACACAAAAAAUACACCCAGCAGGUGCUUUUAAAAUCCAGACUCUUGACUAAGAAGUUACUCACUGGUUCCCGUGUCCUACUGACUGGUGCAAGUAGAGGAAUAGGGGAACAGAUGGCAUAUCAUUAUGCCAGAUUUGGUGCUGAACUUGUAAUAACUGCACGCAAUGAAACUCGUCUAAAACAAGUUGCGGAGAAAUGUCUGGAACUAGGUGCAAAGAAAGUCUAUUCCUAUCCUGUGGAUAUGUCACUUCCAAUGAACCCAGAGCUGGUGGUGCAGUUUGCGCUGGAGAAGCUGGGUUCUUUGGAUUAUUUAGUCUUGAAUCACAUUGGGUAUGAUCCCUUCCAGAUGUGGAAUGGAAAUGCUGAGAAUGUCAGUUGGCUGAUGCAAGUGAACUUCCUGAGUUAUGUCCGGCUGACAGCUGCUGCAUUCCCCACUUUAAUCAAAAACAAUGGGUCCAUUGUUGUCAUCUCUUCUCUUUGUGGAAAGCUGGCCAUUCCUUAUGCAGCAUCAUAUUCAGCUUCAAAAUUUGCUCUGGAUGGUUUCUUUACCUCCCUGCGUCAUGAGCUCGCAUUGCAGGGGAGAAACGUGUCAAUCACACUGUGCAUCCUUGGAAUGAUUGACACCGAUUCAACUAUGGAGAAAGUCAAAACCAUGAACAUUAGAAUGAUGGUUUCGCCAGCUUCUGAAUCUGCACUGGCUAUCAUCAAAGGAGGAGCCGUGAGAGCUCGGGAGAUUUAUUACCCAUGGUGGAUCGCUCUGACUGUGAGCGUCCGAGACUGGUUUCCUGAAAUGAGGGACAAGGUGAUCCGCAGUUCCUUUGCGGGGAAAAGCAAAGAAGAUGGAGGCUAACCUCUCGCUGUGGUCUGUCACUGCAGAAACUCAACAAGGGUGAGACAGAACACAGAGACAGACCAUUUCACCCAACCAGUUUAUGGUGGUAUUUACUCUCCAUGCCCACAAAUAGUACCAGCUAGCUUUUCAACAGUUUAAAUUACUUCUCCCAUUGUUUGAAUCACAAAGGACACAACCAUAGGAUGUUUUGUUUAAGGUGCAGGGUCGUCAUUAGAGCCUGGGAUGUCAUGACAGAGACUGAAAUAGGAUCUAAAUUAAUCCUUAAAGGCACAUAUCUUUAAAAUAAACUAUAGAAGAGUGCAGAGACAGAUCUAAGAGAAUGAGACUAAUUAUUCCUCUCAAAAACUGGUACGUGUGUGUGGGGCUAUUGCUCUGGGUAUCAAGUUAACAUUAUAAUUGAAUGCUUAUGCCUACAGUUUAUGGCCAUAUAUUUAGCCAUCAGCCUCGACUGGAGAAUGGGGUGAUUUGCAAGUUGCUUUGCCAUGCAUGUUCCCUGUCUUCCGUCAUGUCACUGUGUACUUCGGUGUUCUUGUGCUGAUUGCUGAAUCACUGCAGGAUGCGACAGAAGGCAAGAGAGCCCCUGAAAGUGACUUGGUUGAAACAGCAGUAGUAAUGAUGGAUUAUUGCCGAGGUCAGCAAACAAAUGCAGCCAAAGUUGGUCAUCAUUAUUCAA